CUCUCUCUGCCCACUUCAAGGCAGCAAGGCUUUGGGUGAGUUUGGAGCCGAAGCAGAAGUCCAACUCCACCCCUUCAGCGGCUCAGGAGGACUUUCUCUUUCGGAGGCAAGCUGGGACCAAAGUCUCUCUUUCCUCUCUCUGGGCUGGUCCCAUCGUUCCCCUUCGUUCCCCUGCGCCUCUCCCCAAGUUUGCUCUCCGCAGCGCCUGGAAACCAAAGGGCGCCAUGGAUGUGGAGAACCAAGACGUGCUGCUGGAGGUGGAGGAGGAGGAGGAAGAGGAAGGAGGAGAAGGGGAGGAAGAGGAUGGGGAGACCGUCUUGGAAGAACUGGAACAAACUAUUAUCCCCAGCUAUGGAGCUGUAACCAACCAGCAGCCACUACACAUGCCAGAAUGGGCUGAGUUUAAUUUGCAACCUGAUUCACUGUACUUCAAUGAUGGCCAGAGAAGAAUUGACUUCGUUUUAGUCUAUGAAGAUGAGAAUAAAAAAGAGGGCCAUAAGAAGAGCUUCCACAGAAAGCAAAUGAGAAAGAGGCAAGCGUAUCAGUCUAACCUGAUCAGCCGUGGCUUACAGCUUGAAGCAACAAGGUCGGUCUUGGAUGAAAAGUGUAUAUUUGUAAAAGUGCAUGUGCCCUGGGAAGUCCUGUGCAGAUAUGCGGAGAUCAUGCAUAUUCGAUUGCCUCUGCAGCCCAGUGAUCUGAAAACCCAUGAUUCAGCAUUUGGCUGGAUUAGAAAAUUCUUCAGUGUGGAUAAAGAAAUCAUCAAGCCAGAGCAAGAUUUUUUUACUGCUCCAUUUGAAAAUGACCGUUUAUCAGAUUUUUAUAUUCAAGACAAGGAUACAUUCUUCACUCCAGCAACACGGAGCCGAAUAGCUUACUUUAUCCUUUGUCGUGGGGAAUACGCCAUUCGAGACAAUGUGAAAAAGUUUGGGAUUAAUAAACUAUUAGAUUCUGGAAUCUACAAGGCAGCUUUUCCACUGCACGAUUCAAGAUUUAACCAUCAAUCACAGGAUCCUGCCUGCCCAAAUGAACGGUACCUGCUAUACAGGGAAUGGGCUCAUCCUCGAAAUAUUUUAAAAUUACAACCCCUGGAUCUUGUCAGGAAAUAUUAUGGUGAGAAAAUUGGGAUCUAUUUUGCUUGGCUGGGAUUCUAUACUCAAAUGUUACUCCUGGCAGCAAUAGUUGGACUUGGAUGCUUUUUGUAUGGAUAUUUCACCAAGGACAAUUGUACUUGGAGCCAAGAAGUAUGUGACCCUAAUAUAGGAGGAAACAUCAUCAUGUGUCCACAGUGUGAUCAAGAAUGUACUUACUGGAAUCUCAACAUUACCUGUGAAUCAUCCAAGAAGCUGUGUAUAUUUGAUAGCUUUGGAACACUAGUGUUUGCAGUAUUUAUGGGAAUAUGGGUUACUCUGUUUCUGGAGUUUUGGAAACGGCGACAGGCUGAGUUGGAAUAUGAAUGGGACACUGUUGAAUUCUUAGAACAAGAAGAGCAAGUACGUCCAGAGUAUGAAGCAAGAUGUCGUCAUAUAGUAGUGAAUGAAAUCACACAGCAAGAAGAGCAUGUCCCAUAUACAACCUGUGGAAAGUGCAUAAGGAUGACCUUCUGUACAAGUGCAGUCUUAUUCUGGAUCCUGCUCAUUGUAGCCUCAGUUAUUGGCAUCAUUGUUUACAGACUCUCUGUUUUUCUGGUAUUUUCUGCAACGCUCCCGAGGCAUAUCAAUGGAACAGAAGCAAUCCAGAAGUACUUGACUCCACAAGCAGCAACUUCUGUGUCUGCUUCCAUCAUCAGCUUUAUAAUCAUUAUGAUUCUGAACAUGGUCUAUGAGAAAGUGGCAAUCAUGAUUACUGACUUUGAACUACCAAGAACACAGACAGAGUAUGAAAACAGCCUGACAACAAAGAUGUUUUUAUUCCAAUUCGUCAACUAUUAUUCUUCAUGUUUCUAUAUUGCAUUCUUCAAGGGUAAAUUUGUGGGAUACCCAGGUGACCCUGUUUAUUGGCUAGGAAAAUACAGAAAUGAAGAGUGUGAUCCAGGUGGAUGUCUUCUUGAACUUACAACACAGCUGACAAUUAUAAUGGGAGGCAAAGCUAUAUGGAAUAACAUUCAAGAAGUGCUUCUUCCGUGGCUUAAGAAUCUGAUUGGAAGAUGCUGCUCUGCUAAUCGGUCAGAAAAGAUUCUCCCACGUUGGGAAGAGGACUACCACCUGCAAUCCAUUGGCAAACUUGGAUUGUUUUAUGAGUAUCUUGAAAUGGUCAUACAGUUUGGAUUUGUCACCUUAUUUGUGGCAUCAUUCCCACUGGCACCCCUUCUGGCUCUCAUUAACAAUCUUCUGGAAAUUCGUGUGGAUGCUUGGAAGAUUACAACACAGUUUCGACGCAUGGUUCCUCAGAAGGCUCAGGGCAUAGGAGCAUGGCAGCCAAUCAUGCAAGGAAUUGCCCUUCUUGCUGUGGUGACAAAUGCAAUGAUCAUUGCUUUUACUUCUGAUAUGAUUCCUCGCCUGGUGUAUUACUGGUCCUUUUCAGUCGCUCCAUAUGGAAAUCAUAGCAGCCACACUAUGAAGGGCUACAUAAACAACACACUCUCUGUCUUUGCUGUAUCAGACUUCAGAAAUGAAAGCAAGCCAGCUUUUCACCCCAGAUUUGCCAAUCAAACAACAUGCAGGUACCGGGAUUUCCGCUACCCUCCUGGGCAUGAAUAUCAAUAUUACCACAAUAUCUACUACUGGCAUGUUAUUGCAGCCAAAUUAUCAUUCAUCAUUGUCAUGGAGCAUAUCAUAUACUUUGUGAAGUUUGUUAUUUCAUACAUCAUCCCAGAUGUGUCAAAGGAAACCAAAAGCAAAAUUAAACGAGAGAAAUAUUUAACACAGAUGCUGCUGCAUGAGAAUCCCCUGAAAGCUAUGAAGAAAAAUAUAGGGAACAUUGCUGACAAAUUCAUGAAAGAAGUUGAUUGCACCCUCCGACCUAAAUAUGAAUAAAGACAUGAUGCACCGAGAGUGAGGUUUAUAAAGAUGUGUGACUGUUUCAGCGAAAACAAAGAAGACUUGGAUCUAAGACAUGGGAUCAAGUUCAAGAAAAGAAGUGAAAAAAAUGAUGAAAUUUACAGAGAGGAUAAAUGGGGAAACCCCAUCUUCUCAAGUUCUUCUGCAUCUCAGAAUGUUACAUGAGAUUCUGUUAAAAUUUAGUAGACCUGGCAACCUAAGACAGCUGUGUUUAGAGUGCACUCUGAAACAUCAUUUAAUGUUAACUUUUUUCCCUGAUGGAUUUUUGUGAACUGCUUUUUGAAUCUUCAAACCAAGGCAGUCUUUUUCUCUUUUUACAAAUACCUUUUCUAUCCGGAUUAAUCAGUGCUCUGGAUCAUUUCUUGCAAAUACAUUUUUGUGGCAUUUGGUUCCCCACCCGAUUUUGUUUUUUGAUGCAUUUGUUGUCAGAUGAAUGGCAGAGAAUUUCCAGGACAUUUUCUACCUUGGUUGGUACAUGGGAGUGGUAAAACCAUACAGUGUGAAUAUGCAUGGUACCAUCGACCUGCAGGCUUCACCAUUACAAGUAGAAUGGGAACUCUCUGAAAAUUAACAUGCUUUUAUCCAAAUGCUCAACAAGGAGAUUUGUGAAUCUGAGCAUAUUGCCAGUUGAAUCAAACUGAGUGCUCUCAUCACAGUCCUCGUAUAGAUGCCUUUCUCUGGCCUUAUUAACUGCACCUGAUGCUGCAUUCUGCACGUCUGGCACUAGAAUCCAGCUCAAAUAAAUGAGCUCUGAUGGAGCAGGAAAAUGCUUCUGGAGAUUAACAUGGAGAAUUACCAGGUGCUUCCCCAACCGUUCCAAUGUAGCAAUGGCACAUCAGAUUUUGAAAAUGGAGGAAAAACCGAAAAGGGCAUCAUGGUGUCUCUGUGUGUAUAAGCACUCAUUAACAUUUCAUUCUUGUAGUUUUGUUUUAUAUACAUUAUUGUUUGCUUAAAAUAAAUCAUGCAAGUGAAUGCAAACACGUGUGAAAGUAUAAAUAAUUCAGUAAAUGCAAAAGUUUGAUAUAACACAGGAAAGCAAUAGUUAGAAUGGGUUGUACUGUCUGCUGAAUCAAGAUAUCCAUUUUCAAAGAUUCUGACUUAUUGAUUAGAAAUGGUGAUGCAAUCAGUUUAGAGUAUUUGAUAGUAAUGGUUCCUUUAUUAAGGCACUUUUACUAGUGAUUAUGACCAAGCAUGUUGUGCUCUUAUAACCACUCAUGAUGUAUUCUGAUAUUUUGAUUUUUAAAACUAGAAUAAUCCUAUGGAUAUAUAAUUAGAAGAAAGAUCCACUAAGUUCAAUAAGUUUUACUAUCAGGUAAGGGUUCAGGAUUGUGAUCAGCUGAAAAUUUGUUAGAUGUUGCUGGACAUAACUGGAUUCUGUAGUUUUACCAGUGUUAUGGAGUCUUCCAAUGGCAAAUCUGUGGAUGUAGAGGUAAGGGCUUCCAAGUACCAUCUAGCUCAGUGUUUCCUAGCCUGUGGUCCUUGGACCACCAGUGGUCCGCAAGAACUAAAAUAUGGCCCAUGGCCUCACUGUUAUUACACCAUUGCAACGAGAGAGAUUGGUCUCGCAAAACCCUCUUAUAGUGCUAAGUCUUAUUAACUAUGAUUUUCUGUGGGUGAGCAAAUGGUGAUUACUGGAUGGCAUAUGUUCUGUAUCAGAAACUAGAGCUGAUGUGGUCCAAUGCAUUUUUUUCUGAAUCAGCACCCCAAAUAACGAAACUGAAUCUAAAGUUGACCAAAACCUUAUUCAUAACCCUUUCAGUACUAAUGUUGGAGAUUGGCCCCUGGUCAAGUGGUCCCUGGUUAAAAAAAAGGUUGGGAACCACUGAUCUAGCUGUAGGCUUUUACUGGAAGACUGCAAUUGUUGGUGUUUCAGAAGAUUUAACACUGUUUCAAGGAACUCCCAGUAUCGAGGCUGAGGUUUAUUUAUAUUUAAACAAAAGCAAGGAAGCCAAGGCCAUAUUUACUUAUAGAUAGAAACUUAAGUCAUAAAUCUUUAAUGGUCUGGCCAAAAUAACGGAAAUGUAGCACAUAGCUGGAGUAACACACGCCAAAGUCAAGAGUCCAUUUAAUGCAGACAAGCCAAGUACUAUACAGCCAGGUCAGAAACAAGAACAAACAAUAAUUGGGGUUCCAAACCAAUGGUUAGAUGCCAGGAAUUCAU